AUGUCUAUGACAGAUAUAUGUGAUGGAGCUCUUCAUCAAAAGCUGCAGAGCCGGAUUCAAGAAUCAUUUUUAGCAUUGACGUUAAACGUCGAUCGCAUUCAGCCUAAUAAAGGCUCUCAAAAGACAAUAUGGCCGAUCUUACUUGUCAUCAAUGAACUCCCUCUCAAAAGACGGUUCGCUAUUGAAAAUAUAAUUCUAGCAGGAGUGUGGCCAGGUCCAAGUAAACCAUCACGGACAGAGAUGAGCCUUUUUUUUCGUCCUCUUGUUGAAGAACUUGUUACACUCGAGCAAGGUGCUAAAUUUCAAUAUCAAGAUGAUAAUAAUUCUUCAACAUCAGCACGUAUUUUUCUCAUUGGCGCAUGCUGUGACAAACCUGCUCAAGCGUUGCUACAGUUUUUACCAGAGCCUAUAGCCACAUUUGGAUGCGGACGUUGCGAAGUAGAGGGUAGGGUUUCUGAUUGA